AUGUGUGCCUAUGUAUACGAAAUCGGUGAAGACGACUGCAACUCUCUAGAUAGAUAUGGUUCUGCUGAUCUGUCGGACAACAACCUGUCAUGUUAUUAUAGUGAGCCCUUUCUUUAUACCUCUGGCAUCACUCAGUGUAGGGGAGUAGAAGACAGGUGCUACAGUUUAAAGGAACUAACUACACUAACAACAAACAUCACUACACCAACAACAAACAUCACUACACCAACAACAAACGUAACUAUACUAGCAACAAACGUCACUACACCACCUACAAACGUCACUACACCAACAACAAACGUCACUACACCACCAACAAACGUCACUACACCAAAAACAAGCGUCACUACACCACCAACAAACGUUACUACACAACCACCAACAAACGUUACUACACAACCACCAACAAACGUCACCACACAACCACCAACAAACGUCGCUACACCAACAACAAACAUCACUACACCAAAAACAAGCGUCACUACACCCCAAACAGGCCUAACUACACUAGCAACAAACAUCACUACAUCAAAAACAAAUGUCACCACAAGUGUCACUACACAACCACCAACAUACAUCACUACACUAACAUCAACAAACCUCACUACACCAACAACAGUCACUGCACCAACAACAAAUGUCACUACACAACCAUCAACAAAUGUCACUACACAACCACCAACAAAUGUCACUACACAACCACCAACAUAUGUCACUACACUAACAUCAACAAACCUCACUACACCAACAACAGUCACUACAACAACAACAAAUGUCACUACACAACUAUCAACAAAUGUCACUACACAACCACCAACAAAUGUCACUACACAACCACCAACAUAUGUCACUACACUAACAUCAACAAACCUCACUACACCAACAACAGUCACUACAACAACAACAAAUGUCACUACACAACUAUCAACAAACGGCACCAGACCACAAACAGACGUAAUUGUAUCACCAACCAACGUCAUUAAACCACCAAUAACAAACAUCACCUCACCCCAAACAGACAUAACUGCACGAACAGCAAAUGGCACUACACCUCCAUCAACAAAAGACACUACACUACAAACAGAGGUCAUCGUAUCACUAACAGACGUCACUACACCAACAACAAACGUCAGUACACCACAGACAGACAUAACUACACCAACAACAAACGUCACUACACCACCAUUAACAAAUGUCACUACAUUAACAACAGACAUAACUACACCAACAACAAACGUCACUACACCACCAUUAACAAAUGUCAAUACAUUAACAACAAACGUCACUACACCAACAACAAACGUCAUUGCAGUUACAAAUUAGCCUACUUCCAGCGAUUCUUCCUACAUCAGCCUGGCUGUGAUUCAUCUUGUUGGACUCCUGCUCUUGACUCUGUGUUAGGCCGAAGAAAAUGAUUCAACAACCGUUGACGCCACCAGACUGACUCUGCAAUCACUUUUUUGACAUCUGGACACUGGUUUGAUGCUCAGUGAGUAUUAAUGUUUUAAUAUUGUGGAAGGAGAUGGAGUCUUGGUGAAGCUGAGGUUUACGUUUUCAUUUUAAACUCUGUUCUUUCAAUUAAAGACAGUUUCAUGCAUCUCUUUGACCUCAUCUAUUCAGCGAUUACUUAUUUAAAACAUGAAUUGCCCAAGGGAUUAACUGAUGCUACUAAUUGUACUUUACAUGAGAUUGUGUCGUAUAAUUAUUAUACUGUAUGUACUCAUUAUGAUUGAUAAACCACUGGUUUCAAUGUUGAUAGGGAUGAUUAUAAAUAAACAACUUCUGUAAUUUCAACAUCUUGUUGGAUAUACUGUACGAACUAAACCCAGUCUCACUGCCCUGUUUCUGUAUUUUUACUUGCUGCUGUUUUUUUUCUUCUUCUGUAUCAUACUGUGCUGUUGUGAGACUGAAAUUACUCCAUUGUGGGACUAUUAAAGGUUUUUUUAUUCUUAUGUAUGCAAUACAUGCAGAUGUAUCAUCAUCAUUGAUGCAUCCUACACCAACUGAAGGUGAGGGGCUACUGUGAAUUAGAUAGCAAAUACAAGGACAAAGUAUUAAUAGAAAAAUAUAAUAUAAAAAUAUAAUGGUUUGUGCUAGGCU